GAGCACUUAUGGACCUGUCCGGUGUGCAAUGACGUUGUUGCCCAGGACAGGUAAUACAGGUAACAGGUAAUGGAUGCACUGCACUGUUAUUACAACAUAACUUUUACUUUCCCUCUGUUGUUUCUAUCUGUCUGUCUUACUUUUUCCCACCACUAAACGACCAUUAUUGUGCUGAUGUGCUUCUCUUUACUCAAACAAACAAACAAACAAACAAACAAACAAAUAAACAAAAAUUAAUUUAUUCAGGGGCACUGACAUUACAAAAUGAGCUCAGCUUGAUGCUAACCUCAUUUUUCUCUCUCUUUCUUCAGUUACUCCAAGUCCUGGUCCCUCUGGUGCUACAAAUGUAGUCUGUACUUUCGAGAGUGACCUGUGCUCUUUUAGACAGGACACAACGGAUGAUUUUGAUUGGGUCAGGCAUAAUGGUGGAACUUCAUCCUAUGGCACUGGGCCAUCCGCUGACCACACAAAAAACACUGCUUUCGGCUACUACAUGUAUGCAGAGGCUUCAUCCCCUCGAGUUUCUGGAGAUAAAGCAAGACUGGAGAGUUCUACGAUUCCAGCAAACCCUUCUAAAUCUGUUUGCUUGAAUUUCUGGUACAACAUGCAUGGAAAUGGAAUUGGUUCCCUCAACGUCUAUGUCAAAAAAGGAGGAGUGAUGGGAACUGCAGCCUGGACUCGUCAUGAUCAUCAAGGCGCCGACUGGAAAGAGGCUUCGGUGAGCAUUCCGUCCAGCAAUGCUCCGUUCACAAUUGUGUUUGAGGCAGUGAGAGGCUCAUCUGCUUAUGGCGACAUUGCCAUUGAUGAUGUACUAGUGUCCGAUACAAGCUGUGCUCACCCAGGCAACUGCAACUUUGACACUGGCUAUUGUUCAUGGACCAAUGAUGUUGUUCAUGAUCAGUUUGAUUGGCAGAGGACCAGCAGAACGACUGGGUCCUAUAACACGGGGCCAGUGAAUGACCACACGUUGAAGAAUUCCUCAGGUCAGUAUGUGUUCAUCGAUGCUUCGAGUCCUCGUGUGCAAGGUGACACUGCUAGAUUUGUGAGUCAGGACCUGAACUCUACCUUACCCUCUUGCUUGCACUUUUGGUACAAUAUGCAUGGCAACACUAUCGGUACUUUGAACGUAUGGGUGUCUCAGUACAGUGAUGGUAGCCUCUUGCCUAUCUGGUCACUCCAAGGACAACAGGGGACGGACUGGCUUCCCGCUUCAGCCAAGAUCCCACCUCAGACUGAUAGCUACCAGGUGAUAUUUGAAGGCAAAAGAGGAAGCAAUUGGGAUGGAGACAUCGCACUUGAUGAUAUCACAUUUGAUGGUGCUGCUUCUUGCGAUGUGUCCCCUACAAAGGCAAGGCCAACUUUUGGUGCUGUGACCCUUCCCCCUAACCUGGUCAAUUCAAGCCCAACAUCAAGCACCACUGGAAAACCGUCUUCCACUCCUUCAGGUCAAAGCGUCUCUUGUGACUUUGAGUCCAACACUUGUGGAUGGUCUCAGAACCAAAAUGAUGACUUUGACUGGAGGAGGAACACAUAUGGGACAUCUUCUACUAGCACAGGUCCAACAAGAGAUCACACGACUGGAUUUGGCUAUUACAUGUACAUUGAAACCAGUUCUUACAACUAUGGCGAUAAAGCAGUUUUAACUAGUGCACAAAUUUCAAGGCCUACAGGUUCAACAAAGUGUUUCUCAAUGUGGUAUUCUAUGUAUGGAGCUUCGGUGAAUGAACUUAAAGUGUCCACCGUGUCAUCUGGCUCACGGAAUACAAUUUGGGUUAAGCAUGGGAACCAAGGUCCUGGGUGGAAAAAGAUUACAUAUGAUCUGGAUAAUUCUGCUCCUACACAGUUCACGCUUGAGAUCUCUGCAACUCAAGGCACUUCCUUUACAGGAGAUAUUGCUAUUGAUGACAUUCAACUCUCUGAUGGAGAUUGUGCAGGUGUAGGUGUCACAAGCUUGUCCUGCACAUUUGAGAUCCCAUGUGCUUAUCAAAAUCAGCAAGGUGACUCCAUGGACUGGCAGAUUCAUUCUGGCUCAGCUACAGUCAGCUCUGGGCCUUCUACUGACCACACCGCAGGGACCAACAGUGGUCAGUACCUUUACAUUGACACUUCUGGAAAGAGCCAAGGGAACAAUGCUCUUUAUGCCUCACCCGUGAAUCCGAAAGCAUCUGGUGACUUUUGCAUUGAGUUCUACUAUUUCUUGAGAGGUAAUAAUACGGGCACCCUCAAUGUGAAGAAACAAGGAACUGGAUCUGCGUACGAUAUCUGGUCCCGCUCAAGCGACCAAGGCACAGGCUGGAAUAAGGUUCAGAUUUCACAAGCGCUGACUAACACUUCCAAGAUUAUCUUUGAAGGAGUAGUAGGCAGUAGAGGUCAAGGGGUCAUCGCUGUUGAUGAUAUUUCUGUGACAAACUCAAGAUGCCAGAGGCCACCUGCAUGCAAUUUUGAAAUGAAGACAAUAUGCAGCUGGUCAAACCUGAACAGCGACAACUUUGACUGGACAGUCAAUCAAGGUCCAACUAGUUCUACUGGGACUGGGCCAUCAGUAGACCAUACCAAGGGCACCGUUAAUGGUUCAUACAUUUACACUGAGGCAAGCAACCAAGGCUCUGGUGACAAGGCAUACCUCCUGAGUACUACUUUGCCAGCAACAGGGGUCAGCACCUACUGCUUUAAAUUCUGGUUUAGCAUGAAGGGCACUAGCAUCGGCAGCCUGCAGGUGAACUACGUCGUUGGAGGAAAACUUCCAGGAAGAACACUGUGGAAGUUGGGGCAAAAUUUACCCAGUACUGACUGGAAUGUUGGUUUUAUACCCAUAACAUCUUCUGAUGAGUUCAAGCUUCUCUUUAUUGGAACCAUGGGAGGAAGCUACCAAAGUGAUAUUGCCAUUGAUGAUAUCAACUAUUACCGAAGCACAUGCUCUCUACUGCCUCCAAGUGCAGAUCCUAAUGGAGGUAGCACUACGCCGGUCUCAACACCGGCACCAACUGCUCCUAUUUCAACAUUCACUUCAUCUGCCACCUCUUUUGAUUGUGACUUUGAAACAAGCAAGUGUGCGUGGCAGAACUACCCUGCGAGCACUACCGAUGGAUGGCUGUGGGGUCAAACGGCCGGUGCAGUCAAGAGCACCAUCCCCGUUGCGCGCACCGAUCACACAAAAAAUUCUGGUGCUGGACAUUAUAUCUAUUACUCAUUCAAGUCUGCUGCAAACAAUAAACAACUGAUUAGUCCUGUCAUGAAUUUGAAAGGAGCCCUCUGUCUUCGGUUUUGGUAUAUGACAAGUUACAACUUCAGAGAUCUGAAUGUUUAUGUCAAGCAAAGCACCUCAAGUGGAAGCACAAUUACUUUAAAGAACGGGACUUCCUUCACGUGUGAUUUUGAACAAACCAGCAUUUGCUCAUUUACACAAGACACUUCUGAUGAUACAGACUGGACACGUAUGCUUGGAUCGACAUCUUCUGUCAAUACUGGACCCAGUUCUGACCACACUUAUGGAACAAGUUCUGGAUACUACAUGUACCUGGAGACUUCCAGUGGGGCUUCUGGGACAACAGCUCGUCUAGACAGCCCAUCCUUUGUCCCUGUUCAUCAAGACUUGUGUGUUUCCUUCUACUACCACAUGUUUGGAGGAAGCAUGGGUCUACUGAACGUCCGGCUGGCAACUGCAGGACAAAGUGGCCUGGGCCCCAUUUUGUGGAGCAUGACUGGAAAUCUUGGCAACCAGUGGAACAAGGGUGAAUUAACAUUGCACUCUAGCUUGCUUCAGAAGAAUGUGAAGAUUGUUUUUGAAGCUAUCAAAGGCAGCAGCUACACAAGUGACAUUGGUCUUGAUGAUGUAAAUGUCAAGAUGGGAGCCUGCAUUACUCCGGCCACUUGCAACUUUGAGAGGGAUUUGUGCUCCUGGAUAAAUGUGCCGUCCGCUGAUUUUGACUGGCAAAAACUGAGUGGAGCAACAGGUUCCUACAGCACAGGACCCACAACAGAUCAUACCACGCAGACCGUCUCGGGCCAUUAUUUGUACCUUGAAGCUUCUGCUCCUCGACGUAGAGGGGAGAGAGUUAUUCUGUCCAGUGAGAGACUUCCGGCCACCAAUGGUAGUUGUUUCACCUUCUGGUACCACAUGGCCGGUUCUGGCAUCGGAGAUCUGAGCAUCGUGCUGAGUGCUUCCCCUUCCCAGAACACGACUCUGUGGAAGCUCAGUGGAGCACAAAACAAUGCUUGGCUCAGUGGACAGGUGGGAGUUCGCUCCCCUUACAGCAGCUUCUUUAUUUACGUUCAAGGCGUAAGAGGCGGAAAUGCCUAUGGUGAUAUAGCCAUUGAUGAUCUUGGCUAUAGCAAUGCUCCCUGUGGAAUAAAUCCCACAUCUGCUCAACCAUCAUCUACCCCUGUGACCUUCAGGCCAGCAUCUCCCACACCACCAGCUACGGGCACAGUGGACUGCAACUUUGAUGUAGGGUUCUGCAGCUGGAGUCAGGACACACAGGGAGAUAACUUUCAGUGGCAGAGACAGGCUCAGCGGGCCCACACCCGGCAGUCUGGACCAGACAAAGAUCAUUCAGGGAGUGGAUACUUUGCUUACAUCUCUACAUCAGCGCCCCAAAAGAACCAUGAGUCUGCAAAAUUGGUUAGCCCAUCCAUUCCAGCUGGCGAUAAAUGUCUCACCUUCUGGUACUAUAUGUGGGGUGAUGAUGUGAGCACUCUGAAGAUCUCUAGAUUGGCUCACUCCUAUACCUAUUUGCUCUGGGCUAAGAAUGGAACACAAGGCAAUCAAUGGUUCCGGGCUGAUCUAAACAUUCAUGCUCGGUACCGUUUACAGCUGGUGAUUGAGGCUGACGUAGGCAGUGGUCCUGAAGGCGACAUAGCCAUUGAUGAUAUUACCAUCUCGGAUGGCGCCUGUGGACAGUCUCCCCUUGGUGUCUCUGGGCCCACCUGCGACUUUGAACAAGGUAUAUGUGGAUACAGUCAAGACCAAACUGAUGACUUUGAUUGGAUUCGAGGAAUUGAUGGUAGCUUCAAUCCAAAUGGUGGGACUUCAGUGGAUCAUACUUACAUGUCGUUUGCAGGACACUAUAUGUACAUCCGAGCAAACAUCCACACACAGGGACAGAAGGCCAGGCUAAUAGACAACUCUGUGGACACGGGAACUGCUGGCUUGUGUGUGGAGUUCUGGUACCGUAUGGUAGGCAGUGGAAUGGGUACACUGAAGCUCUCACAGAAAAAAGGCACUGCAGCCCCAACUGUUUUGCUGGCCCUAACAGGCAACCAAGGGUCUGACUGGCAAAGAUCAUCUGCUGCCAUCUCUGGGAACCAAGGCACUGUUCAAAUGAUCUUCGAAGCAACACGGGGUAGUUCCUUCUCUGGCAACAUUGCUAUUGAUGAUAUCUUGGUCAGAAAUGGAACGUGUACCACCAGCACAGGGACUUGCGAUUUCGAGAAAGACCGCUGUUCUUGGAUUGAAGAUAAAAGUGAUGACGUUGACUGGGUGAUGGGUAAUGGCGGGACUUUUUCUUUUGAGACAAGACCCACUAAUGAUCACACUUUUGGCAACAGAUCAGGAACCUAUUUAUUUACUGAGACGUCUUCAACUACUAGAGGAGAUGUGGCUCGCCUGAAGAGUGCACUGUUUCCUUCUGGGGGUGCUGGCUGCUUUCAUAUGUUCUACAACAUGUACGGAGCAGGCAUAGGCACACUGAGAGUGGCUGUAGCCACCUACAACACUGGCAUUGACUCGGCCCCGGAAACCGGACGCCAGGUAGUGUGGGAACUGAGUGGCAACAAGGGUCAAGGCUGGAAGGAAGGAGUGGUGCCUAUCCCGGCUCAGACUCAGAACUAUCGAAUCGUCAUUGAAGGUGUAGCGGGCUCUUCCUUCCAGGGAGACAUUGGAAUUGAUGACCUCAAGUAUGUUCCUGGUGGUAGUCCUUGUGUUUUGACCCCUUCAACUGCAGCUUACGCUGCCCCCACUACAACUGCUCCUGUCACUGUGCCAGCAAACAUCCCAGCUAACUUUAACUGUGACUUUGAGUCUGGUUUGUGUGGAUGGACGAACACCGUGUCAGCAACGACAUGGCAACGACACUCAGGAAGUACCCUGUCCCUACAGACAGGCCCCUCCGGGGAUCACACUAAAGGAACAGGCCAUUAUAUAUACUUGGAGACUUCCAGUGGCAGAAACGGAGAUCAGGCCGUGCUAUCCAGUCCUACAGGUUUCAACGGCAACGCCACGCAGUGCUUGUCCUUCUGGUAUCACAUGUACGGGUUGACUGUGAACAGCCUUAUAGUCAGGCUGAAGGGUUCGUCAACCACUAUGGAUCUGUGGCGUGAGAAUGGAACGCACGGAGACCAUUGGAUCCAAGCUCAAGUUGACAUUGGGGGAUCUUCUACUGGAUUUGCGAAUCAGGUCCAGUUUGUGGCUGUUCACGGCAGCAGUUACACAGGUGACAUUGCAGUUGAUGACAUCAAGCUAGUAGCUGGACUUUGCACAUCAUCGGCUGGUUCCAAAUCUCCAAUAAACUGCGACUUUGAGGAUUCUUCUUUGUGCGGCUACAUCCAGGAUCCAAAUGAUGAUGGAGACUGGAGGAGGAAUACAAUGUCCACUGGUUCAACUGGCACUGGUCCCACUUCUGAUCACACUUAUGGCACUAGUUUGGGACACUACAUGUACCUCGAAGCAAGUAAUACGUUUUCUAAUCGAUUGUUCAAGCUGUGGUCUCCACCUUUCACCUAUACGGAUGGCCAGUGUGUGUCCUUUUUCUACAACAUGUACGGAUCUACCAUGGGUGAACUAAGCAUUUACCUGGGACAGUUGAAUACCACUGGCCUCUACAGAACAACUCGGAGGCUUUGGGCUUUACAGGGAAAUCAAGGCCAACUGUGGAAGCAGGAGUAUGUCCCACUUCCACCUUCGCCUAGUGGUCAAGUUAAUUUGGUGAUUGUUGGUAAAACUGGGAUUAGCUACCAAAGUGAUAUGGCGUUUGAUGACAUCUCACUGGUUUCCAACUGCCCCUCACCAGGAGAAUGCUCAUUUGAGGCCGGCAAGUGUGGUUGGACCUCUCCUUUUUUAAAUUUGGCGGACUUCGUUUUAGCUAAAGCAAGUUCCAGGAUGUUCCCGAAUUCUUCUCCUCCAACAGUUGACCACACCACAGGCACUGCUAAUGGUUCAUACGUAAUAUUGGCCAAUGACAGAUUUGUUGACAGAGGGAGUGGUUUGAGAGUACAGUUCUCCUCAGAAGAAUUAACCGCUACUAGUUCAAGUGGUAUCUGCUUCCAUUUUUGGUUUGCUUCACAUCAGGCUGUCUCACCUUUGAGCCUUAACAUCAAUGUCAAUGGCUCAGUCUCCACGGUGUGGAAAAUUGGUCGACAUGAGACAACUACUUUCCAGGAUGCCCAAGCUUUUGUUUACAGCAGCAGUCCUUACAAACUUGUUUUUGAAGCCAAUCUUCUUAGCCAAGUAGGAUACUUUGCUCUGGAUGACUUCACCAUUACUCAAGGCUACUGUGCAGCUUCUCCCUCUGAGGCCGCAGUGACUGGAGGCCCCACAGCCCCUGUGCCGACAUCAUCAGUCACCCAGGGCUCUGUCGUCAAGUCUAAUGUGGACUGUGAUUUUGAAUCUGGUGGAUUGUGCCAGUGGUCUCAAGAAACCAAUGAUGACUUUGACUGGACGUUCACUCAAGGUGCAACAGGGAGUGCCGACACAGGACCUACCACAGACCACACUCUGAAGUCAAAUAGUGGUCAUUACAUCUUCAUCGAGGCAUCCUAUCCACAACAACCGAAUGAUACAGCGGUCAUUAAAAGUCCAAAAGUUACAAGCCAUAAUGCAAGAUGUCUGUUAUUUUGGUACCAUAUGUAUGGCAUCAAGAUCAACACCCUGAAUGUGUAUGUGAUGCCAAGUGGGCAGACACGAAGCUUGAAGUGGACAAGGACUGGACCUCAAGGAAGUGAUUGGCUUGAAGCAUCUGUUGACAUUACGAUGGCACGGGAUUACUACAUUUUGUUUGAGGGCAUACGUGGUACGGACUAUCAAGGAGACAUAGGUCUGGAUGACAUCAGGCUCCUGCCUGGUUCUUGCACUACAGAUCAGACUGCAGAUAGAUGUAAUUUUGAGACUGGUCUUUGUGAUUAUCAACCAAGCUCAUAUAUCUGGAGACGAAUGACCGGUUCUACACCCACUGUGGGCACUGGACCUAAAACAGACCACACCUAUGGCACCUCCGCCGGUCACUACAUGUACACUGAGGCAUCGUCACCAGGACAUGUAAAUGGUGGUAAUUACAACCUCACUGGCAAGUCGCGUCCUGCUACAGCUGGUCAAUGUGUUUCCUAUUGGUACCAUAUGUUUGGACAGGACAUUGGCACUCUGCGGGUUAUAGCAACCAACGGUCAUCCUUGGCUUCUCUCUACUCAUACAGAUAAUAAGGAUCAGUGGUUGAGGAAUGAAGUGACAGUUGUCAGUUCAACCUCAUGGCAGUUGGUGUUUCACGUCCAUAUUGGUAACGGCAUUGGAAGUGAUAUUGCUAUUGAUGACAUUGUCAUCUCAGAAGGGGCGUGUGGCAAAAUAGAAGGCUCGUGUGACUUUGAGAAGGAUCUUUGUGUGUGGCAUAAUGGUCUUGGGCGGACGUGGCAACGCCUUGCCAGCCAUGAUAUCAACACCUAUAAUGCUCCACCGACUGACCACACUAUUACUACUAAUAUGGUAUCUGUGCUUGUGUUUGUCUUUCUCUUCCCAGACUAUUUAGAUGUAUAUGUCGGUGAUGACACUUUGAAGACUCAAGUGCUCCUGUGGUCUAUGCCAGUGUCAGGAAGACAAUCAGAGUGGACUCUGGCACAAGUUCCAAUACCUACUCAAAAGAACUUUUAUACGAUCACCAUUGUCGGCAUUGUUGGAAAUUCUGUUUAUAACGCCCUGUCAUUGGAUGAUUUUGUAGGCAGACGCACUGCAAGCACAACUUGCUCACGGAUGCCCUCCAAUGCUGUGCCAGGCUCCCGGUCUACACCUACCACUCCUGCCACCCCUGCAGGAAGCACACCACCUGCCUCCAAGUCACAGUGGGACUGCAAUUUUGAAUCUGGACUUUGCAACUGGACUCAGCUGCACUCUGAUGAUUUUGACUGGACCAGGGCACAGGGCCCGCAGGGUACAAAUCUGACAGGACCCACCAAGGACCAUUCUCGUGGAAAUAACUUUGGAUGGUACCUGUACAUUGCAUCUCGCUACACAUCAAACCCCUCAGCAGCGCCUGUUAAGGCAUUGCUGCAGUCUCCUGCUCUGGCUGCUUCUACGACAUACUGUGUCCAGUUCUACUACAUGAUGUUUGGUCCCCAUGUGGGUUCACUCAAUCUGUACAUACCCUCUUCGGGGAGCUCACCUUCAUCUUCAAACAAGUAUGCCACAGUCAGUGGCAACCAGGGAAAUAUGUGGCAUAAGUUGACGGUGACUGCCUCAAGUUCGUCAUUGCAAAGAAAUAUCAUCAUUGAAGGAGUUCGGGGCCCCAGUUACCUGGGUGACAUAGCCAUCGAUGAUAUUUCUGUUACCACUGGAUCAUGCCCUCGACCCAGUGGUCCGGACUGUAGCUUUGACCUGGGUCCCUGUGGCUGGACACAGAGCACUGCUGAUGACUUUGACUGGAUCGAACACAGUGGCACCACCAGCAGUUAUGGGACUGGCCCCAGCAAUGACCACACCUUGGGAACUAGAUAUGGGAAGUAUUACCACAUGGAGGCAAGCUCACCUCACCUCAAAGACCAGUAUACUUAUUUUGUGAGCCCUAAGCUGACCACUACAAGUUCCCAGUGCUUCGGCUUCUGGUACCACAUGAGUGGCAAGGAUAUGGGCAGCCUGGUGGUUGGAAUCAUGAAGGACUCCGAUAUGAGCAGCAUUUCACCUCCCUUCCAGCCCUUGUGGUUUAGAGCUGGGCAUCAGAGCUCGGAAUGGCUCAGAGGGGAAGUAACACUUGACUACCCCGGCGAAGCAUAUCAUGUUGUUUUCAAGGGAACUGUUGGAACUGGCUAUGCUGGUGACAUAGAAGUUGAUGAUGUUUCUUUCCGCAACACAGCUUGUGAAAUAAAUGGCAAGUCAAAUUUUUUACUUCCUAGCAUUACACUUUUUCAAACAAAUUGAUUAGAGGUUUUAGGCUUUAAUCACUCGCUUCAGUAUUUGCCAUAAUCAUACAAUAUCAGUUUUAUGUUUGGUAAGAAUUGGAC